CCAUGGAUGAAAGAUCCUAAUUAUUUCCAACAUGUUCAUAUUUCAUCACUUGCGUUACUGAAAAUGACAAUCCAUGCUCGUUCUGGCGGUUCAAUUGAAAUUAUGGGUAUGCUUACUGGUAGAAUUGUUAAGAAUGGUAUUGUUGUGAUGGAUGUGUACCCAUUACCAGUGGAAGGAACGGAGACAAGAGUCAAUGCUCAAGCUGAAGGUUAUGAGUUUAUGGUUCAGUAUCUUGAUAGUUUGAAAAAAUCUGGUAGAUAUGAAAACAUUGUUGGUUGGUAUCACUCUCAUCCUGGAUAUGGGUGCUGGCUAUCAGGUAUAGACGUUGCUACUCAGUCUUUGAAUCAACAAUUUCAAGAUCCAUAUUUGGCUAUUGUUGUUGAUCCUGAACGUACGAUGGCAAAUGGUAAAGUUGAAAUUGGUGCAUUUAGAACUUACACUGAUGAAUUUGUCAAGAGUAGUAAAUUAGGUACAGCAAGCAAUCCUGUAACUCAAGACAUCCCAAGUGAGAAGAUUCAAGAUUUUGGGCUACAUUCAUCAAAAUAUUAUUCCUUAUCAGUGGAAAUAUUUAGAGGUCAUAUGGAUCAUUUGAUUUUGAAAAACUUGUGGAACAAAUUUUGGAUAAGCAACCUA